GCCGAGCGUCGUCUCUGCUGGGCGGACAAAUGCCUUAACUACUGACCCAUCUCUUCAGCCCCACUUUUUGCUUAAAUAAUUGGAUACAAUUUGUAAUGGACAUCUUCAGAAAAUUUUUGACAUACUGGUUUUUACAGGGUACAGAAUAGUACACUACAUUUUUAAAAACAUGGAUGAAGAACCUGAGAGAACUAAGCGGUGGGAAGGCGGCUAUGAGAGAACAUGGGAAAUUCUUAAAGAAGAUGAAACUGGCUCCCUUAAAGCUACAAUAGAAGAUAUUCUCUUCAAAGCAAAGAGAAGAAGAGUAUUUGAGCACCAUGGACAAGUUCGACUUGGAAUGAUGCGCCACCUUUAUGUGGUAAUAGAUGGAUCAAGAACAAUGGAGGACCAAGAUCUGAAGCCCAACAGAUUGACAUGUACGUUAAAGUUGUUGGAAUACUUUGUAGAAGAAUAUUUUGACCAAAACCCUAUCAGUCAGAUUGGAAUAAUUGUAACUAAGAGCAAAAGAGCUGAAAAGCUGACUGAGCUCUCAGGAAACCCAAGGAAGCAUAUAACAUCUUUGAAGAAAGCUGUAGAUAUGACCUGCCAUGGAGAACCAUCUCUUUAUAAUUCUUUAAGCAUGGCUAUGCAAACCCUAAAACACAUGCCUGGACACACAAGCAGAGAAGUCCUAAUCAUCUUUAGCAGCCUUACAACUUGUGAUCCAUCUAAUAUUUAUGAUCUAAUCAAGAUGCUGAAGGCAGCUAAAAUUAGAGUGUCUGUUAUUGGAUUGUCUGCAGAGGUUCGGGUUUGCACCGUACUGGCUCGUGAAACUGGAGGCACAUACCAUGUUAUUUUAGAUGAAGCCCACUAUAAAGAGUUGUUAACACAUCACGUCAGCCCUCCUCCUGCCAGUUCAAGUUCUGAGUGCUCACUCAUUCGUAUGGGAUUUCCUCAGCACACCAUUGCUUCUUUGUCUGAUCAAGAUGCGAAACCUUCUUUCAGCAUGGCGCAUUUGGAUAACAGUACUGAACCAGGGCUUACAUUAGGAGGCUACUUCUGCCCACAGUGUCGGGCAAAAUACUGUGAGCUUCCUGUGGAAUGUAAAAUAUGUGGUCUUACCCUGGUGUCUGCACCUCAUUUGGCACGGUCUUAUCAUCAUUUGUUUCCUUUGGAUGCUUUUCAAGAAAUUUCCUUGGAAGAAUAUAAUGGAGAAAGAUUUUGUUAUGGAUGUCAGGGGGAAUUGAAAGACCAACAUGUCUACGUCUGUAAUGUGUGCCAGAAUGUCUUCUGUGUGGACUGUGAUGUUUUUGUUCAUGACUCUCUCCACUGCUGUCCUGGCUGUAUUCAUAAGGUCCCCACUCCUUCAGGUGUUUGAUGCCAACAUGUUGUACAAAUAAAAAGAAAUGGCAACUGUAAAAACUGUAAAAUUAUAGUUUAAGUAA